UGACAGUAUGGUGGACUGUUUGAGUCGAGUCAUGCUGCACACAGCCGUGUCUUGCUGGCAGCCUUUGCUGGGGCUGGCCCUGGUGGCCGUGUUUGUGGGCUCCACUCUGGCCUGCCCCGCUCGCUGCGAGUGCUCCGCCCAGACCCGCUCUGUCAUCUGCCACCGUAAGCGCUACAACGCCAUCCCUGAUGGAGUCCCAACUGAGACACGAAUCCUUGAUCUCAGCAAGAAUCGCAUUCCGGCCGUCAACCCUGAUGACUUUGCUGUCUAUCCACACAUAGAAGAACUGGACCUGAGUGGGAACAUCAUUGCCUAUGUUGAGCCUGGAGCCUUCAGCUCGCUUUACAGCCUCCACACACUGAGCUUAAAGAGUAACCGUAUCAAGCUCCUCUCUCUAGGCGUCUUCUCCGGCCUCUCCAACCUGACGAACCUGGAUAUCAGUGACAACAAAGUUGUCAUUCUGGUGGACUAUAUGUUCCAGGACCUGCGCAUCCUCAGGUCAUUAGAAGUUGGAGACAAUGAGCUGGUUUACAUCUCCCAUCGGGCCUUUAGUGGACUACUGUCACUGGAGAGCCUGAUGCUGGAGCGCUGUAACUUGACGGUGGUGCCCACAGAUGCCCUGUCCCACCUGCACAACCUGGUGAGCCUACAUAUGCGCUACCUCAGUAUCAGCUCUCUACACCCCUACUCCUUCAAGAAGCUCUUCCACCUCCGUCACCUAGAGAUUGACAACUGGCCAUCGUUAGAUUUGGUCCCUGCUAAUUCUCUGCAUGGCCUCAACCUCACCAUGCUUUCUAUUACCAACACCAACCUGUCCACUUUCCCUUACCAGGCUCUUCGCCACCUGCCUUACCUCACACACCUUAACCUCUCCUACAGUCGUAUCCGGACGGUGGAGGGUGGCCUGCUUCAGAACCUGGUGCGAUUGCGUGAACUGAGGUUGGCUGGGUCUCAACUGGUGUCCAUCGAACCCUACGCUUUCCAGGGCAUCCGCUGGCUCCAUUCACUAAAUGUCUCCCACAACCACCUUGAUACCCUGGAGAGGGGUGUAUUCCAUGCUCCUGAGGCCCUAGAGGUGCUGUUGAUCAACAACAAUCCUCUGGUGUGCGAUUGCCGACUCAUGUGGUUGCUGCAAAGACGCCAUUCCAUUUCUUUUGGAGACACCCAGCCCGAGUGCAGCACUCCGGAAGGAAUUCACGGACGCCCCUUCAAGGAGUUCAAAGAGACCUUGCUAUCCUACUACGUGACCUGCACCAAGCCGAAGAUAAGAGAAAACCGGACUCAGAUGGUGUCCGUGGAGGAGGGACAGUCAGCCCGUUUACACUGCAGCGCAGAGGGGACCCCACGGCCCACUAUUUCCUGGGUCACCCCACGUCGGAGGCACCUGACCAACAGGAGCCAUGGCAGGGUGAUAGUCCACAACAACGGCUCAUUGGAUAUCAAGGCGGCGGAGGUUCAGGAUGACGGUGUGUAUAUGUGUGUGGCCUCUAACACGGCAGGCAAUGACACUCUUAUGGUAUCACUGGCAGUGAAAAGUCUGGGCUCGCUGUAUGCCAACAGGACCCAGCAUUACACGGAUUCAAGCAAUGCCACUGCCAAUGGUACCAACCUCCCCAAUGUGACCUUUGGCCUGGACCUAAAGACUAUCUUAGUUUCUACAGCCAUGGGCUGUUUCACAUUCCUAGGAGUGGUUCUCUUCUGCUUCCUGCUCCUGUUUGUAUGGAGUAGAGGAAAAGGCAAACAUAAAAACAACAUUGAUAUUGAGUACGUGCCACGCUCAAAGUCCAAUGGGACCUCUGCUGAGGAGGCGGACCAGGGUGCUGGACCACGUCGCUUUAACAUGAAAAUGAUUUAAGACAUUGAAAGUAAUACCAGUAGGAAUUUACCCUGAUCUUUGUUUCACAAAUGCUACCUGGAACAGGACUCCUUCAAACCAAUGCCAGGAAACUCAACAGUCCCUAAGGUUCAGUCCAGGUUUUGGUUAAGCUUGGAUUUCACUGGAUGCGAAAGGGGAAUAAUAUGUGUCAAUAAUGAACCACUUUCAAUUUGUAUGAAACCCUCUUGUUAAGAGGGGAUGUUCACCAACACUCCAACACAAAUUGUGUACAGAACCGAUUUGUAAAAUUCAAGUAUUACUCUUAUUUGCCGAGGCUCGCACAUGCUUUCUCACUGCGACCAACAGAUGAUCGUAAUCUGUUCUCUCCCUCAUUAUCCUGCGUAUAUGUACGUAAUGCUCAGUUAUGUAUGUAUAUGUUAACAUGUAUAAACACUUUCUUUUGUUGCAUUGUUCACGAAAUGCAAUGACCGCCAAAAUUUGAACAGGCCUUGAUUCGAAGGAAAUACUGUGUGACCAAGCCAUCGUCUCGCUACUCAAACUGUUUGAGGAUGGAGGACAAAGGGCUUUAGCGGGUGUGAAAUGUUACUCCGGGGAACAUGUGUGCCGUUUGUCUACCCCAAGUUAUUCUCCUGAUAUGAAGAAUAUUAUAUUUGUUUAUAAUCUGGAAAAAAAGAAGAGAGAUUAUUUAUUAGCAAAAGGCCUUUUGUUCAAACUCAAUAAUACAAGGUGAAGAUUUUCAAAUGGUUUAAAUUCAUGAUUUUGCUGCAAGUAUACACACCAUUUUUAGUUGUGUUCUUGUCCAUUUCUGUGACUCUAACCCCUCAUCUGGUACAAAAUACAAAAUGUCUCCAU